UCAGCGACAAACUUUUUUUUGGUAGCUUAGCACGAAUCGUUAUUUUUUAUGAGCUAAAGAUUGUGUAGAUGCCAGACUGUGGAGCGGGAAUCAUUUUCUAAGAGACUUUUCCUGGUUCACCUUGCAGCCUAUUUCUCUCUUUCUAUCAUGAAUCAGCCACCAAAGUCAAAACAGGGUUGAUUGUAAUUGUUUGAAAUGAAAAUCCUGAUGCCAAUAUUUGUAAUGUAGCGAGGAGUUUAACAACUGCUGGAAUGGAAUGUGAACGCUGAGUCGAAGAUUCGAUGUAAUCUUUGAUUUCUUCCAGUAACUGUAAUAUUGCAUGGCUGCUUAAUCUGUAACGCGUAAUGAUUUCGUGUUCACUCAACUCAGAAAGUGUGAUCCUUGUGGCAAAAAUCCUUUGGCCUAUGUCUUCGUCUUGCUCGGGUUACGGCUGCCAUUUCACCAGGAGGCAUAGGCGCAUUCUGGUUUACGCCUUUUUUUAACAGGCGGAGAAUUUUCACCGCAAAACAGAGGUGCGCUUUCACAGGCGGUUUCUGUGUCUGUAGCUUUAAAUGCUAAUGAGGAGGAGAGAGGCGGCACCAUGCGCUAAUGUUUACAAUGGAUGUAUCGCAAUAGCUCGUAGCCCCGUUCCUGUAAGAUGCCUCGAAUUUACCCAUUCUCCUCUGAUAACCCUGGUUUGCAGAGGUGCACACUCAUAACACCAACAGCAGAACGGUUAUCCAAAUAACAAAGAAGUGUACAACACUCGCGUUACAGCAUGUGUAUUCACACACAUACUUGUGUGUGUGUGUGUGAAUACAAUAUACUUAGAUUAGGGACAGUAACUCAGCUGUUAGCUGCAGAGCUAAUGUUACAGCCACAUUCUAACAGUGCGUUUACACUGCAGCGACGCGAAUCGCUUGCCAUCGCUCGCCUUCCCACAGUGCACCACGCUCGGGGGCGUGUCAGACAGAUUAAUGCAGAGUUGUAGUUGUCUAAAGUCACUGCUGUAGUUCGUAUAAUGUCAUGGCCAAGUGUGCAGACAAAAUACAACUUUUACACACACAAAUCCGAUACGCUUUCUAGAUCUGACAUGAUCUUAUCUAUUGCACACAAUAGGUUAUUUUUUCCCACUUUUUUUAGACCGAGUGAAAGAUUAAAUGCCAUCCGCACUCUGUAACCGGUCUUGUGCCGGCUGGAAUACAGAGUUGUCUAUGGUCCAUGUUGUAUAAUGUUGUAUUUAUAGUGUUUAGCUCAUUUUUAUUAUUAAUGUAUUGUAAUAGUUACAAUUUCUGCAAGCUAGCUAGCACUUUAACAAGGUUUUCAGUAACAUUGUAAAUAAUUGUAUGCAUAGGCCUAGCUGGAUCUUGAUAGAUAACCACACCCUGUAUUCAGAACCAACGAAUUAAAUUCCCUCCCGCUAUUUAUAUAUUUUUGGAGGGAAUACAUUGUUAUAAAUACAGGUGCUCUCCAUCAAUAUUCUAUCAUUCAUCAUGAAUAACGUCCAGAGGAAUGCUCUCAUCGCCCUGCUCUACUACCGGAGAAGACCCCGCCGACGCUUCUGGGUUCAUCAGAUUCGCCGUUUGCGGGUAAACAACGGAGCUUAUCACCGGCUGGUUCAGGAGCUGCGACUGGACGACAACUUGUUCCAGCCGUACUUCAGGCUGAACCGGGCCGAGUUCGAUGACCUGCUGACCAGAGUGGGACCCCGGAUAGCGAGGCUAAACACCUCUUUCCGUGAGGCGAUCAGCCCAGCUGAACGCCUCGCUAUUUGUCUACGAUACCUUGCCACGGGGGAUUCGUUCAUACUCAGCUUCAGCUAUCGCGUCGCCUCAUGUACUGUGGCAGGUAUUGUCGGGGAUGUGUCUCGGGCCAUUUGGGACUGCCUUGUGGAGGAGUUCAUGCCUGUGCCAACCAAGCAGGACUGGAGGGACAUUGCUGAAGGCUUCCUUCAGAGGUGGAACUUUCCAAACUGCCUGGGCUCCAUCGAUGGCAAGCAUGUUGUCAUCCAGGCCCCUCCCAACUCAGGGUCACUGUACCACAAUUACAAGGGGACAUUCUCCAUCGUUCUCCUUGCUGUUGUGGACGCCGACAACAUGUUCCGGGUCAUCGAUGUCGGUGGCUAUGGACGGAACAGUGACGCUGGGACCCUGGGGAACUCUGCGUUUGGUGAGGCCCUGAAAGAUGGAACCCUGGACCUCCCAGAGAACUGCAUCAUCCCUGGAGCAGAGCCACGUGGACCACUGCCGCACGUCUUCGUGUGUGAUGAGGCCUUUCCUCUGCGGAGCAACCUCAUGCGCCCCUUCCCUGGGACAAACCUCGCCAGGGAGAAGAGGCUUUUCAACUACCGCCUCAGCCGUGCCAGGUUGACAGUCGAGUGUGCGUUUGGUAUUCUCUCCAGCCAGUGGAGAAUGUAUCGGCGUGUCAUUGGUGUCAACCCGGCAAAAGCGGAGGCGUGUGUGAAGGCCACCUGCAUCCUCCACAACUUCAUCCGGAGGUCCAGGAGAGGGGCCAGUGGAUGUCCAGAAGCCAGGCCUGGCCAGGAGGAGUCGGCAGGUCUCCAGGAGGCUCCACGACUGGGCAGCAACAAUGCUGCACGUGCAGCAAUUCACGUGAGGGAUGCAUUCACUGCAUAUUUCAAUGCAGAAGGUGCAGUGCCCUGGCAGCAAUCAGUUGUAUAGCCCAUGUCAUCAAGAAACAAAGGCUCUUUUAAGAGCCACCCACAUUAAUCACAAAAAGGCAAACAGUUCCAGAAUGUUCUUUUCAUAAAAUAUGAGCUUAAAUCAUUAUGCGGCCAUGUUGUUUUUCUUAUCAUUAUGAAUUUUCACUACCAACCAUUCAUAGUAAAUAAUAGUAUCUUAAUACCUAACAGCCCAAUUCAAUAAAAGGAACACAAAGUUCUGUCGGUGACAAUUUUUUGUUUAUUACACAUCACUGUGUGGCCUGCAUCUCUGCCUCAAAAAACAUGCGGUGAAUAUUAAAUUUUAA